AUGGCCCCCACCAAGAACAUCGAAUAUGUGCUGUUCGACAUGGACGGUCUUAUCCUCGAUAGCGAGCAGAUCUACACGGAUGUGACGAACAUCAUCCUCGCUGACUACGGCGAGAAGAUGACGUGGGAGAUGAAAGCAGGCUGCAUGGGCAAACCCGAACUCGAAGCAGCCCACCACCUCCUCUCCUUCUUCCCCCACAUCCCCCUCUCCACCCAAUCCUACCUCUCCCGUCGCAACACCCUCCAAGACGCCCUCUGGCCCACCGUCUCUCUCCUCCCCGGCUCUCUCAAGCUCAUCAAACACCUACACGCACACGACAUUCCUAUGGCCAUCGCCACCGGCUCUCGACGAAGGAAUUAUGAGAUGAAGACGGGGCAUUUGGGGGAGGUGUUUGGGUGUUUUGGGGGGAGAGUGGUUUGUGGGGAUGAUGAGUGGAUUAGGGAGAAGGGCGGGAAGGGAAAGCCGGGGCCGGAUUGUUUUUUGGUGGCGGCGAGGGAGGUGUUGGGGAGGAAUGUGGGCGGAAAGGGAGGGGAGUGUAAUGUGGAGGAGAGGGAGGAGAGGAGCAAGGGGCUGGUGUUUGAGGAUGCGAUUCCGGGGGUGAUUGCGGGGAAGAGAGCGGGGAUGAACGUCGUCUGGGUCCCGGAUCCGAACCUGCUCAAGCUCGACAUGGCAGGGACCCCUGAAGUCCAGCCUGACCAGAUGUUGAACAGUCUCGAGGAGUUCAAACCGGAGGAAUGGGGCUUGCCGCCUUAUGAUUCUGACUCCUAG